AUGGCCCAUGCAUUCGGAAACCUGCCCAACGGAGUCGUAAAGAUUCCGGAGAAGUUCACCCUCAAUGUGCCAGACCAGAGCGUGGAUGAGUUCCUGCAGCUACUCAAGCUAUCAAAAAUCGGACCGGAGACAUGGUACAACAAACAAGAAGACGGCCAAUUCGGCGUAUCUCGCAAAUGGCUCAUUGACGCCAAAGAAGCCUGGUUGAACUUUGACUGGCGCAAACAAGAGGCUCGCAUCAACUCCGUACCUAACUUCAAAGCUAAAGUCGAGGAUGCGGAUCUUGGAACGUUGGACAUCCACUUCGCCGCGCUGUUCUCCAACAAGAAGGACGCAACACCAGUUAUCUUCAUGCAUGGCUGGCCCGGCUCUUUCCUCGAGUUCUUCCCCAUGAUCGAUUUGCUCGUGAGCAAGUACACCCCGGAUACGCUGCCGUACCAUGUCAUCGUGCCGUCUCUCCCGGGCUAUGGACUCUCUGCUAGCUCGAUUCCGCUUGAGAAAGAGACUCAACAGGAGGCUGUCGCGCGCAGUCUGCAUCAACUGAUGCUUGACCUUGGGUUCGGCAGCGGGUACGCUGCCCAAGGCGGUGAUGUGGGAAGUUUCAUGGCUAGAAUCAUGUCCGGCUACAAGGAGUGCAAAGCAUUCCACUUGAACAUGUUGAUGCCUUCACCCGAGGAUGCUGCUGGUGGCACCGAUGGAUUGACGCCUCAAGAACUUGAACAGACUGGGAGGAUGUUGAAAUGGCGCUCAACUGGAAUGUCAUAUGCCCUAGAGCAUGGUCUCCGACCAGCAACCAUCGGCUUGGUAUUGUCAGCGAGUCCACUGGCGUUAUUGGCUUGGAUUGGCGAAAAGUACAUCGAGUGGGUGGACUCGCGUUACCCGCUUCAGCUGGAGACCAUUCUCGAGCUUGUGAGCCUGUACUGGUACACGGACACGUUCCCAAGGAGUAUCUACCCGUAUCGGCCAUUGGCCAAGGCCAUGUCUAGUGAAGGCGGUGGCACAAUCAUCCCUACUUCGAAGGAAACGCCGUUGGGAUACUCGUGCUUCCCAGCCGAGAUUGGCCUGAUGCCAAAGGCGUGGGCAGAAAAGUCAUUCCCCAAUCUCACGCAGUAUCGCACGCAUGAGAAGGGAGGACAUUUUGCGGCGCUUGAGCAGCCAGCAUUGUUGCUGCAAGAUGUGGAGGAUUUCCUGGCUUCUCUCAAAGCCGCUUCCAAGCUCUGA